CCAGUCUGACUGGCGCAGGACGACCAGCAAAACUCUCCCGAGGAGGACACUUUAUCAUGACAGCAGCAACAAAAGCCCGCGGGAGAAAUCGGCAGCAACGCUGCACAUGUUGACUUUUUUUUGUUUUUAAUCACAGUAUAUCGAGAUGUUUGAGUGAAUCCGCAGCAGGAGCAGCUCCAAAAAAAAACAUGAGGUAGCUUCAAAGUAGCGGCGCGCACGAGUGAGGAUCUGAGAUCUUCUCUAAAUCUCGUUCAUUCAUCUUGGGGACUUUUUUUGGAGAGGGGGGGAGAGAUGGCUACCCCUACGCACCCGGAGACCAGGAAGUUUACGCGCGGUCUGGGUAAACCUGGGACGGCGGCGGAGCUCAGGCAGAGCGUCUCCGAGGUGGUGAGGACGUCCGUACUUGUUGUUAAACCCAAGGUGAUCGAGCCACUGGAUUAUGAAAAUGUGCUGGUGCAGAGGAAGACGCAGAUCCUCAGCGAUGUCCUCCGAGACAUGCUGCAGUUCCCUCUGGAAGACUUUGAGACUUCAACUUUGAGGAGACAGGGGAGGACUCUCUACUCCACGGUGCCUGAAAAUGCAGAGAGGGAAGCCCAGAGUUUAUUUGUCCAAGAGUGCAUUAAAACCUACAAGUCUGACUGGCAUGUCGUCAACUACAAGUACGAGGACUACUCUGGAGACUUUCGACAGCUUCCGCACAAAGUGGCGCGGCCUGAUAAACUGGCCGUCCAUGUAUUUGAAGUGGACGAGGAUGUGGACAAAGACGAGGAUACGGCCUCCCUUGGAUCCCAGAAAGGCGGGAUCACCAAACAUGGCUGGCUGUACAAAGGAAAUAUGAACAGUGCAAUCAGUGUCACCAUGCGGUCGUUCAAGAGGAGGUAUUUCCACCUAACACAGCUCGGGGACGGCUCCUACAAUUUAAACUUCUACAAGGAUGAGAAGAUCUCCAAAGAGCCCAAAGGAACCAUUUUCUUGGACUCCUGUAUGGGCGUGGUUCAGAACAACAAGGUUCGAAGGUUUGCUUUUGAGCUGAAGAUGCAGGAUAAGAGCACCUACCUGCUGGCUGCAGACGGCGAGGGAGAGAUGGAGGACUGGAUCAAUACGCUCAACAAGAUCUUGCACAGCAGCUUUGAGAUUGCAAUGCAGGAAAAGCGCAAUGGAGACAUUCAUGAUGAUGAUGAUCUCGGAAAGUCAGACAGUUCCUCUGGCAGUAUGGACAGCUUUCAGAGCACCAGAGAUAUUGAGUCCAGGAUGAGGAAUGAGACCAGAUUGAGGCUGUUCACCCUGGACCCUGACACACAGAAACUGGAUUUCUCAGGGAUUGAACCAGACGUGAAGCAGUAUGAGGAGAAGUUUGGCAAACGUGUGCUGGUGAACUGCAAUGACCUUUCAUUCAAUCUGCAAAGCUGCGUGGCCGAGAACGAUGAAGGGCCGACAACAAAUGUGGAGCCCUUCUAUGUCACUCUCUCACUGUUUGAUAUCCAGAAUGGGAGGAAAAUCUCCUCUGACUUCCACGUGGACUUAAAUCACCCGUCUGUGAGAGGCAUGAUGCCCAGUACCAUCAGCCAGUAUAUAAAUGGAGGAGGGGACGCUCACAGUGAGGGGCAACGGUUGGUCCACGGGUUGCCAGAGGCAGCCAUGCAGUAUCCCAGACAGGGGGUGUUCUCGAUUACAUGUCCUCACCCAGAUAUCUUCCUGGUGGCUCGCAUAGAAAAGGUUCUUCAGGGCGGAAUCAACCACUGUGCCGAGCCGUACAUGAAGAGUUCAGAUUCCACCAAGGUGGCACAGAAGGUCCUGAAAAAUGCCAAGCUGGCAUGUAGCCGGUUAGGCACGUACAGGAUGCCUUUUGCCUGGGCAGCAAGGCCUUUGUUCAAAGACGCUUCAGGGACACUGGACAAAAGUGCUCGUUUCUCAGCUCUGUACAGACAGGACGGCAACAAGCUUUCGAAUGAUGACAUGCUCAAGCUGCUGGCUGAUUUCAGAAAGCCAGAGAAGAUGGCCAAGCUGCCCGUAAUCCUCGGAAACCUUGAUGUUACCAUUGACAGUGUAGCCCCCGACUUGACAAAUUGUGUUACCUCAUCCUACAUUCCUGUGAAGCAGUUUGAUGUCAGCGAGAGAACCAACAUCUUCUUUGAAGUGGAGGAGUUUGUGCCGUGCCUAGCCAAAUGUUCUCAGCCUUUCACCAUCUACAACAAUCACCUCUAUGUCUACCCCAAGCACUUGAAGUACGACAGCCAAAAGUCAUUUGCAAAGGCUCGAAACAUAGCUGUCUGCAUUGAGUUCAAAGACUCGGAUGAAGAAGAUGCUGUUUCACUGAAGUGCAUCUACGGUCGACCCGGAGGACCGUUGUUUACUAAGAAUGCCUUCGCUGCUGUUCUGCAUCACCAGCAGAACCCCGAAUUCUAUGAUGAGUUCAAGAUUGAGCUGCCAACCCAGCUCCACGAGAAACACCACCUGCUCUUCACCUUCUACCAUGUCAGCUGUGACAGCAACAGCAAGGCCAGCACCAAAAAGAGAGAACUGGUUGAGGCACAAGUGGGUUAUGCCUGGCUCCCUUUGCUGAAGGACGGCCGGGUGGUCAUGAAUGAGAUUCAGAUUCCUGUGGCUGCCAACCUGCCUGCUGGAUACCUCGGCUUUCAGGAGGGUGCUGGCAAGCAUUCAGUUCCUGAAGUCAAAUGGGUGGAUGGAGGCAAGCCUUUGCUCAAGGUGUCCACUCACCUCGUUUCCACUGUCUACACUCAGGACCAACAUUUGCACAAUUUCUUUCAUCACUGUCAGAGCGCGGCAUCUGCAGCUCAGUUAUCAGGAGGAGAGCUGGUCAAAUACCUGAAGAGUCUGCAUGCCAUGGAGAGCCACGUGAUGAUCAAGUUCCUGCCCACUACCCUGAAUCAGCUGUUUAGGGUCCUUACCAGUGCCACCCAAGAGGAUGUAGCGGUCAACGUCACCAGAGUCAUGAUUCACAUUGUUGCCCAGUGCCAUGAGGAGGGGUUAGAGAACUACCUGAGAUCAUAUGUGAAGUUUGUUUUCAAGACUGAGCCAUACACGUCGUCCACCAACCGAACAGUGCAUGAGGAGUUGGCCAAAGCCAUGACUGCAAUCCUGAAGCCGUCUACUGACUUUCUCACAUGUAACAAAUUGCUCAAGUAUUCCUGGUAUUUCUUUGAAGCCCUAGUGAAAUCCAUGGCUCAGUACUUGAUUGAGAGUUUUAAAGUGAAGCUGUCUAGGAAUCAGCGCUUCUCUGCAGCAUUCCACCACACAGUGGAGACACUGGUCAACAUGAUGAUGCCACACAUUACACAGAAGUACAAAGACAACCUGGAUGCCGCUAGGAACGCCAACCACAGUCUUGCAGUCUUCAUUAAGCGCUGUUUUAAUCUGAUGGAUCGAGGGUUUAUGUUCAAGCAGAUCAACAACUACAGCAACUGUUUCAUGCCUGGAGACCCAAAGACACUCUUUGAGUUCAAGUUUGAGUUCCUGCGUGUCGUGUGCAACCACGAGCACUACGUCCCCCUGAACCUGCCCAUGCCAUUUGGAAAAGGAAGGAUAAUGAGAUUUCAAGCUUUAUUAUCUCCACAUGAUAUGGUGGAGUCGUAUGAUGAUGAUGAUCCAGUAGACCUUCAGCUGGAUUACUCGCUGACGGAUGACUUCUGUAAAAACCACUUCCUGGUUGGGCUGCUGCUCAGGGAGGUCACUGCAGCUCUGCAGGAGUUCAGGGAGAUUCGUCAGAUAUCCAUCCAGGUGCUGAAGAACCUGAUGAUCAAGCACACGUUUGACGAUCGCUACACCUCCAAGAGCCAGCAGGCCAGGUUGGCCACACUCUACUUGCCCUUGUUCGGCCUGCUCCAAGAGAAUGUCAACAGGUUGAAUGUGAAGGAGGUUUCCCCGUUCACUAUCAACCACUCCAACAAUAAUGGAAGAGAAGAUUCCCUCCUUUCCAACCCUUUGAUGACACCUCCCAGGUCCAGCACCUUUCUGGACACCAGUUUGCACAAAGAUGUCUUUGGCGCCAUCUCAGGCACCGCUUCACCGCACACAUCAUCCACCCCCAACAUUAACUUUGUGCGCCACGCAGACUCUCGCGGCUCACUCAUCAGCACUGACUCCGGCAACAGCCUGUCAGAGAGGCACAUGGACAAGGGCAAUUCCCUGGACAAGCACCAGCCUGCUGCGACUCUGGGCAGUACACUGCUGCGAUGUGAUAAACUGGACCAGGCAGAGAUCAAAAGCCUCCUCAUGUGCUUCCUACAUGUGCUUAAAAGCAUGUCUGAGGAUGCUCUGUUCACAUACUGGAAUAAGGCUUCAUCGUCCGAUCUAAUGGACUUCUUCACUCUAGUCGAAGUGUGCCUCCAUCAGUUCAGAUACAUGGGGAAGAGAUAUAUCGCAAGGAGCCAGGAUGGGGCAGGACCCGUAGCUCAUGAGCGGAAGUCACAGACUCUGCCUGUGUCCCGUAACAGGGCAGGAAUGAUGCAUGCCCGCUUACAGCAGCUCAGCAGCCUGGAUAACUCAUACACUUUUAACCACAGUAAGUGCCCCAUACCGUACUCAUCAUCAAACAUCCUCCACCAGAGGAGUCCAGUUCCUCCCCCACAAUAAUCCACCCUAUGUACUCCUCAUGCUUUUCAUCAUCAUCAUCAUGAGCAGCAUCAUCCUCUUACUCUGCUUAAACCCAUGUACUCUUGAAGCAGGAGCUG